AUGUCAACCCUCACCCUCCCCGAACCCCUCUCCUCAAUCCCCCGAACCCCCCUCCUCCUGGGUCCCUCCCCAAUCCACCCUCUCCCCCGCAUCUCAGCAGACCUAGGCGGCAACGCAACCAUCUACGCCAAACGCGACGACCUCAACUCCGCCUACGCCUACGGCGGCAACAAAACCCGCAAACUCGAGUAUCUGCUUGCAGACGCCUUGUCGCAAUCCGCCGACACCCUGGUGUCCAUCGGCGGCGUGCAGAGCAACCACACGAGACAAGUAGCUGCCGUCGCUGCUAGAUCUGGGCUGAAGGCCGCGCUUGUGCAGGAGAAGUGGGUUGAUUGGGAGGACGGGGGUUAUGAAUCCGUGGGGAAUAUCCAGUUGAGUCGGUUGAUGGGGGCGGAUGUGAGGCUGGAGCGCGAGGAGGGGUUUGGCAUUCAGCAUAAAGGGACUGUGAAGGGAGUGAUCGAGGACAUUCAGAAGAACGGGGGGAAGCCGUAUUAUAUCCCCGCCGGGGCGUCGGACCAUCCGCUUGGUGGACUUGGGUUUGCGCGGUGGGCGUUUGAGGUAAGGCAGCAGGAGAAGGAGAUGGGUGUUGAGUUUGGGACGGUCAUCGUGUGCGCGGUGACGGGGUCGACGUUUGCGGGGAUGAUUGCCGGGUUCAAGUUGAUUGAGAAGCUUGAGCCUGAGCUGCCGAAGAAGAAGGUUAUUGGGAUUGAUGGGUCUGCCACGCCCGCGCAGACCAAGGAGCAGGUGUUGAGAAUUGCCAGGAAUACUGCGAAGAAGAUUGGGUUGGGGGAGGAAGAUAUCACCGAGGAGGAUGUUAUUCUCGAUGAGCGGUAUCAUGCGGGGACUUAUGGUAUUCCUGAUAAGCAGACUUGGGAGGCUAUCGAGUAUGCUGCUCGUAUGGAGGCGUUUAUCACGGAUCCUGUCUACGAGGGUAAGAGUUUCGCGGGUAUGGUGGAUAUGAUUCGGAAGGGUGAAAUUCAGGGCAAUGUUUUGUACGCUCAUCUGGGUGGACAGUUGGCUUUGAACGCUUACUCCCAGUUGGGGGCGACUAAGUAG